AUGAUGCUGUGUCGUACUUUUUUUUCUAUUAUUUUGCUGUUUAGCAUUGUUUGUGUGUGGGUGGCGACUGACGUAUCUGCAUCUACUGGACAAGGUGCAGGGGAAGACGGUGGUGGAGUUAUUAAACGUACCCCAGGUCCUACAGCUUCUUGUCCUGCUGGUGAGGGAAGUGACGUUAAUUGUCCAUCUGAGAGUGCUGAGACGUCUUGUUCUCCUGAUGCUAAUGAUGGACGUACUUGUGCUAAACCCGAAGCGGAAAAGGCGAAAACAAACGUGUCCAGUGCUGCUGCUGGUCCUUCAGGUGGAAGAAGUGAACAGGGUUCUACCGGUCAUGCUACUGCUACUCAAGGUCCCCGACGCGAACCUGGACUUCCGGAUCAAAUGUCUGUGGUAUCGAGUUCUUCUGGUCAAGGACAAGCUGAUCAAUUGGCAGAGACGUUAAGAGAUCAGGAUACAGAAAAUAAUUUGGAUGAUCGUGCAUCUGAACGAAGUGUCAGCAAUAAUAAGGAAGCGGAACCCAUCAAAAAAGAGCAGGAGCAAGAUGAACAAUUAAAAAAUACUGUCAAUGAGGAACAGCGUCCUCCCGCUGGAGAUAGCAAAAAGCCCGAUACAUCUGUUUCCCAAACUAAUGCAAGCAGCACUACACCAUCAAGAGAAGAAACUGCUGGUGGUUCGCACUUAGAAGAACCUUCAGCUCCCACACCCCAAAAUACAGGUGAUACUCCUUCUAACAGUUCAACUGUGGAUAAUCCAGUGGGUUCAGAUGCUGCAAACAAUGUGAGCAACGCUGCCACUUCAUCUGCAGAGAGUGCAUCAACAAGUAACCACGAAGGUGAUGUAAGUAAUACAACUACCACCACCACCACC